CCCAGCCAUAGAUCUGUGUGUGCGCAUGAGAAAGGGAAUAGUGAGAGAGAAAGAGGAAGCGAGAGAGAGAGUGAGAGAGGGAGGGAGGAAGAGAGGAAGGGAGAGGGAUAGUUGGACAGAGUGCUGAACGUAGGGCAGUGCAUCAUUGUGUUAUGAUGUGAGCAGGGAGACAGGAAGGAGGAGAGGGACCAAAGUAAGAGGAGGAGAGAGGGAAUAAACUGAGAACGCAGCUGGACUACAUGUCUAGUCUGAGGGAGCCAGAUUAGUGGUGACUCAGAGCUUUUGGAAUACUUACCAGAAGGGAAUAUGGCUUUGCACCACUGUUAGACUGCAUAGUGUAUGCUCAUGUGAGUUUGUGGGUGCCACGGAGGGACUGAAAGGGAGAAGGAGUUCAACCUCAUCAAAAAGGAGUCACCCAGUGCCCCCCUCCUCAAAGACUUGGAGUAAAGGAGUACAGGGGAGGGGGGCAAGGUGGAGAGGAGGCCAGGUGGAGAGGUGGGCCCCCACGUCUGGACGCAGAACACCUAAAGGACAAAGUGAAACGUGCCACAGCUCAACCCAAGGUUUGACAAAUGCUGACAAUGAUGUGAUGGUGAUGGUGGACACAAGCUCUCCUGGGUUUUCAGGCCACUGAGUCAGUCGGCCAGGUGAUGGGGAGACGGGCGGCUGACCUGACCACUCCUGUGCCAGUACUGGGAGUUCCUGCCCUGGUGGGGGUGCGUGGUUGGAGUACAGCAGGGGGGGAGAGGGCUGGGGGAGUGCUGCCACUGACAUGGGGUCCCCACUGCAGUAUCGGAGUGCAGACUUCACCCGGCAUGAGAGCUCCACCCAUCUUGCACGGGACAAAACUAACAGGCACAUUCCCCAGUCAAUCAGAAAGAAGCAUUACUCCUACAUGCAAUGGCUACAUCCCAAAAAAGGCAAAGGAAGAGGAGGGAAUCAGACAGACUAAGAGUUUCAGACAAAGAGGUGUUCUUUCAAAACAGAGGAGUUUAGAUUCCAAGACCAAAAAAGGUGUGACAUUUGAAGAAAUUUCCAGUGAACUUACAGAGAAUGUGGUCUUCAACAAAUGGAAAAGUGGGACUUAUUGCUAUGCCCGGGCAAUCAAGACUAACCCACACCUUAAAGGGAGGCGGGACUUGCGCUACACAAAUGGCAGCGUAGUUGACUCGGAGGCUAUAGGAGGGAUUUGUAUUGAUGGCAGUGAUGAGGCGGAGCCUGUCUCGACCAUGUCCUCUCGAGGAAGGGACCAAUCAAAACCUAAAGAACAUUCUGUGGCACAUUCAUAUUGUGGGAAUGCAAAACGACUACCUGCUCCCCCACCUCUCUGGAUGCUCCAGGAAAUGUGCAGACACUGUGGAGGGAGACAGACUGUGGUCCCUGGAGCUGGAGAUGAAGAUGCCAGUCUGGAAGUUAAGAGCACUUCCUCUGCAUGCCCUGAAGGAACAACAGCCAUGAAAACACCUAUUUCACUCACAGACAGAAACCACCUUCUCCCUUCACAUACUGAGAAAGAGAGGAACUCUACAUGCUCCACUCCGAGGCUUGCAGACAGGGAUCUGAUACAAAGACAGCCGACACAAACAGAAUCUCAAUCCACCCACCCCCGCUGUAAACCCAUAAUUUACAACAACAAAGACAGGAAGCCCAACCUGCCUGCAAACCCAGCGCCUGCAUGGAAAACCAAAGAUCUGAAACAGACUAAUGGUUAUACCUCACAUUAUACAUACCCCCUGCAUACCUCUAUCAGAGACCCAGUAGAAACCCUAGUUACACCUUCACAUACACACUCAGACAAGCCAACCCACCAAAGAACCAUCUUACACACAAAAUCUAUUACAGUCACUAAGGCAACUAUUGAACCCAGGCGUGCAGAUGCCAACACCCUUGAGACCCCAUCUCACUGGAGUAAAAUUCCUCGACCGAAAAUACUCAAAAUGUAUCCUCAGAUCGCAAUAGCCACCAGGGCAAACACGCCACACGCACACCGUAAACAUCCAAAGACACCCACACACCCAAAUACACAGCCCAACCCAUCAAACACAUCAUGUACAUCUACUCACCCUUACCGUCCAAACACACCAUACAGAACUUUUCCUCCAAGCCAUGUUAACCCAUCCCAUGUUAUUAGAGCCCCUAAGCCUGAAAACACAACACCACGGUCUAACACUGCUACAACAUUACAUAGAAGUGCACCCCCUUACCCUGCUAACACACACGCAACUAAACCCCUUAACUCUGCAAACUCACAUACAGCUACACCUCCCACCCCUGAAAGCACACUGACGACAACCACAAAACUCCUAAACAGUGCUACUAAAACGAUACAUAGAACAACACUCCCUAGCCUCGCUAACACAUUACAUAUAGCUACAACUCUAAAACCAGCAAACACACCAUGCAAAGCCACUCUCUCUUACCCUUACAACCCAUCACACACAACUACUCUCACAAGCUAUUAUAACCCAUCACACACAACUACUCCCACAAGCUAUUAUAACCCAUCACACACAAAUACACCCACAAACUAUUAUAACCCAUCACACACAACUACUCCCACAAGCUAUUAUAACCCAUCACACACAAAUACACCUACAAAACCUUUGUUCCAUACCCUUAACCUGUCAAACACAUCACACACUCCCAUUUCCCCUGACUCAGCUAAUGCAUCCCCCAUAACACCCCCUAACGUUGAUAACGCAUCACAUACAACUGUAUCCUCUCUCUGUUCAAAUGCCUUAUGCACAGCUACGCAGCAUCAGUCCUCAUCCACGUCACUGACGAUCUGUAGACCACUGAUCAUGACACAGAUACACAACAAUAAAACACCUGACCCAUCAAACAGAUCAACCACUAACACGCAGAAUAACAGCACAUUUAUAAAUACACAUAUUGAACAAACCGCUGCCCUUCACACCAGCUCUCAUAACAGAUUUGUUGUUGAUCCAAUAAUGCAUGCAAAUGUAUAUGCCAAAGUAUUGUCUCUGUAUAACAAAAGUAGACACUGUAGUCCUGUCAUCGUAUCACAGACACAUCAGGAAAGACACUCUGGAAUAUUCAAUGCAUCACAGGUCACUAACCUUCCAAAACACAUCACUGAAAUAAAGAUAAACAAAGAAUGGGAACAGCAGGGACACAUUGUCACACAACAUCAGGGAGACCUUUUCACAAACCUAAAACCUGGAUCUGAGUGUCAGAUACAUUCUCACAAAGAGCACAUUCCCUCUAGCAUGUUACAUACACGUGCAAAUACCACAUUUAGAUUCAGCGUUGACAGGCAGAUAUACACAAAUUAUGCUCCAACUUCCAGCACACCACAGACACAAACAGAUCCUAAGCCCCUCAUUGCAUCAAAGACAAACACUACUGCACAUGUCAAACCCAUCACCGAAACACCAAAUCACAUAAACAAAGACUUCCGUUCCACACCAACCCCACACAAACACACAAGCCCCACACACCGACUCAUACCACAGGCCCGUCCAUACACAAUCACUGAACUCCUCACACACAAAGCCGUAAACCCCAAGUACAACCCCCUUUUGCCGCCAUCACGCAUGGCACACCUAGAAUCCUACACCCUUACCCAUUCCAAUCAGACACACCAGAUGAUCCAUCCAGUAUUUUUGUUGUCAAGUACCAUCCCACAACCCUCCCGAGACGACCCUAGGCUGGCUCACUCCCACCCGGCUGAUACAGACCUGCUGCUGCUGCCCCCCUCCCCACAGUGCAGCAGGCCAGCCCCUUUCCAUAGGAGGCUGCAGUGUGUGGAGGCCAGCCUGGCAGCCAACCAGGACAGGAUCACUACACUUCUCAACAUCAUCCAAGACCUUGAGAUGAGCCAUGCUCUCAACAUGGGUCGGCGAUGCUACAGGACAGGACAGGACCUCCGGGAGUGCUCCACCUGUCAGAAGACUGCUUGUAUCGUAUAUAGUGUGGAGUAUGACUUCAGGCAGCAAGAGAGACGUUUCUUGGAGGUUUUGUAUCCCCAGAGGGCUGACAACAACACUCCUCCCUCCCUGCCCCACAACAGCACCCUGCUGACAAACGCCAUCACUAAGACCAUGACCAAGUCCAAGGUUAAAAGCAAGAAGUUGUGCAAGAUGCUUUUCCAAUGGCUGCCAAGGACAAUUCAGGGAACAAAGUCCUCCUUUCACCAACUCUCUCCAGAUCAUUUGAAUUCCUAGCAUGUUAUUCAUGAGGUAUUGAGGUAUCCCUGUAAUAUAAGAUCUGAUGGUGUGUUCAAGACAACUGGGAACUCUGUUAAAUACAAGGUCAAAUCAAGAUGUCAGUAAUCUCCAGGUCGGAAAACCAGAGCUCUUGAAAGAGGCGGAAUUCCUGAGUCGGAAUUCUGAGUUAGAUGAACGUUCCAAAUGAUUUUUCCCUGUCGGAGUAAGUUUUUCUGAGAGUUCCCAAUUGUCUUGAGCACACUGAAGUCGGAAGUCAGAGAUUUCCAAGUUCCCAGUUGUUUUGAACUCGGCAUGAUGUCCCUAUCACAGCAAGUAGCACUUGUCUUUGUAGAAGACACCUACAUCCCUUCCUGUCCACAUGAUGGGUGUCCUGAAAUCUGAUUUGCUCCUUAAUGACUGAUUGACACCCUAUUGCCCAAUCAUGACAUAGCAUGAACAGGAAUUGCCCUUAGUAACUAUAGACCUUUGCCCAGUCUAGCAACAGUCUAUCAUAUGGAGAAAACUUCAUCCCUCAGGUUAAAAUCAUGAACUUUCAUCCAAAGCACAUGCACUAGUUGUUGAACUAGAUACAACAUCCAAAAGUUUGCUAGAUUGCAAUCACUAUUUUCAGAGCCUAUUGUAGAUGAUAGUCCAUAUUCUAUAGUAUUUUAUUGUAGCUAAGCAUCAAGUGAAGUGUUGUUGUCCUCUUACAGAUUCCCCUACCAGAUUAUCCCAGGGUCAAUGUAUAUACAUCAUAAUUUUGAAAAAUAAACCAAAGCCCACAGUACAUACUGUAAACAUUUUCUUUUCAUGUUUGAUUAAAUAUCUUAUCGCUGACA